AAGUGGUCGCCUCCUUAUUCGUCCACUAAAGCGCAGGCAGUCCGACUCCGAGAUCCAGCCCAGCCCGAGGCCAGGACGCCAAGGGGGGCUGGCCUCUGAUGCGCAGGGGCGUCGGCCAUCUUCACCCCUUCAGCUAGCCGGACAUAGGGCCGCGUACGCCCUAGCGCAGCGUGGCGCCCAACGUGGGGCCUGGAAGUGGACAGCUGGACAGUUGACCACGGACCGGACCCCUCGGAGUUGGAAUUAUAGUUUUCCUUUGGACGCUACGCUACCUCGGGUAGUAGCAGACCCCGUUCUAGGGGUAGCGCUCCCCGGGGAUUGGAGUCCCAGCCCUCAGCACCACAAGAGGAGGACUCCAGGGACGGAGACCACCGCCAAGUUUUGUUUCUCGUCGCCACCGGUUUGUUGCAACUCUCCAAUGGCCCUGGUAUCAACAUCGCUGGCUCCCAACCCUGGUCCACUGAUGAUGUUUAUGUUGACCUGCGGACUCCUGCUGUCACCUUCGGAGCCGUGGGUCAUCCCCCAGCCAAAGGUCAACGUCUGGCGUGCCUUGGCACAAUCGUUAGGACAGGACAGUAUAUGCCUAGACACCGGCGCAGCAGAGGACCCGAUGUCGUCUUGCCUUGUGGGGAUCCCUUCCUCUCCAGGCGAGUUCCCUGUUACGUUCCGACAUACCUUUUCCCCAAUCCUAUCCCAGAGUCUUACCAUUCUCCCCAAUUUUGACUCGUCCAAGGCCUGGAGAGACGGAGUGGUCAGGCUGGAUCCUGCACCCUCCGAGCCCACUGAGUUACAUCUCCUCGGGUCAGCCAACGCCUCCGUUUGUUUUCAGUUUGAUUAUGGCAUUACCCCCAUAGAGAAGGGUAGUGAGGUGGUCCGCCAGUCUAAGAAGGAGUACCAAGCUAAACAGUGGUGCCGGGCCGUUCUCAAGAUCCUUGGCCCCACCACUACUGGACGGACCCCUUACUCCCUUCCAAGAGGCGUGUUCUUAAUUUGUGGUGACCGAGCGUGGGCAGGCAUCCCCUCUGGCCUGGUCGGAGGGCCGUGCACCUUUGGCCGGCUGACGCUGUUUACUCCCAACAUUACCCAAAUUAUUAAUUGGAAAAGAACGAACAUCACAGCUGAAUUGGACAGAGCCAAAAGAGACCUGAAGGGCCUCACCGAAGACUGUGAUGAUGAAAUUACGCAUUGGUCUCACUCAAAAUCCGUUGCCUUUACCAUUCUAUUGCCUUGGGUAUCGGUAGCGAAGGCUCUAGGUGAAUUGGGCCGCCUAGAGUGUUGGGUAGCUAAACAAGCAAAUCUUACAUCAGCUGCGCUUUACGACCUCCUCACAGACGAGGAAAUAACAAGGAAGGCGACGCUCCAAAAUAGGGCAGCGAUAGAUUUUCUAUUGCUGCUCCAUCACCAUCGUUGUGAGGAGUUUGAGGGCCUCUGCUGUCUGAACCUGUCCUCUCGAGCUGAGGACGCCAGACACUCCAUCAGAAAACUUCAAGACCUUGUACAUCAAGUUAAACAAGAGACUUCUGAUUGGCUGGGGGACCUCUUCAAGGGUUGGGGCCUGAGCGGGUGGGCCACGUCCAUUAUCGAAAGUAUUAUUAAAGUCGUUUUGAGUUUGAUUGUCUUUUCAGUUUUCGUUAUGGUGAUCCGCGGCCUGGUUCAAAGACUGGUAUCAAAAGCCACCUCGCCGAACGUCAGUCACGCCACCGUGCCCGUCGAGGAGCACGUCGAGCUGGGGGACCUCUCCUCGGAGGCCGGAGAAGCUGUAGAAGAGGAGGGGUCAACCGUGUCGCCCGUUUGCCAUCCCUGGGCGGACGAGCCCCAGCUCGAAGAAGGCGAGGAUUGGCCGGACCAGCCGCGGGUCCCCGAAGUUUGA